UUCUCGUUGAGGGCGAUCGUGCGAUAUGGAAUGACUUAAAUUGAAAGUCACCGCCGGAUUGGAAUUCAGACACUGUUUAGUUCUGUGCCAGGCAACACAACAACAAAAUCUAACCCAGAAUGGUUUCCGAGCAAUUCAACGCCGCCGCCGAGAAGGUGAAGAGCCUGACCAAGCGGCCCAGUGAUGACGAGUUCCUCCAGCUGUACGCCCUGUUCAAGCAGGCCAGCGUGGGUGACAACGACACCGCCAAGCCGGGUCUCCUCGACCUGAAGGGCAAGGCCAAGUGGGAGGCCUGGAACAAGCAGAAGGGCAAGAGCAGCGACGCCGCCCAGCAGGAGUACAUCACCUUCGUGGACGGUCUGGUGGCCAAGUACGCCUAAACAAAACAAAAAAACCCCAAUCCCCAAUCCCAAUCAGCAAUUAGCGAUCUUAAACCAGCUAGAGACUAUUGUAAUCUUACCUUUAAUGCGGAAUAAACUGUGUAUGUUAAUUUUGUACUAAAA